AGUGAAGCCCAAAUCUCCGCGAUGGAGAGGAGCAGGCUGGCGAGAGCGGCCUCCACAGGCAGCCUGCCGGGCAAGGCGAAGCAUGGGAGGCUGGAGGAUCUUUGCCGUCCGCGGCUGGGUCGCGCGAGCGUUCGAUCAAACGGGCGUGCUUAUCACAAGCCCUUCGAGGUCGCUUACCGGGAAAUAGCAGAGCUUCGAAACUUUCGCCGGCUUGAGAAUCUCUUCGUGGAAGCAGACGCAGAUCGCUCCGGAGAGAUGAGCCUGGACGAGUUUCGGAAUGCGCUGCGAAAGCCGUGGUUCCAGAGGUCCUUUUCGCUGCUUGGCGUCCAGCCGCACCAGGCGGAGGUGGUCUUCAAGAAAAUGAACAAGGCCAACGCGGAGGAGAUCGGCAUCUCGGAUUUCAUGCAGGGCCUUGAAAGCCUUUUGGGCACAGAUCUCGACGGACCGCCCCGGGAUCUGGACGUCUCAUCGCUGAGCUCGCGGCUCCAGGCCAAGACGAAGCUCACCGUGAGCCCGUCUCGCAGCGACCCCUCGCUGUCCCUCUCCAGCCAGGGCAGCACAGGUUGGGAUGGGCCUGUUCAAGGCUCUGACCAUGAGAGGCACAUCUCGGCGGCGAUGGCGGUGCUUUCGCCAACCACAACGGUCAAGAAGAAGGUCACGCGUCGCAGGGCAUCAACGAACCAGGCUACUGAAAGGGAGAGCCAGAACACCGCGGAUGGCUCACCCACCAACACGGAUCGCCGACUUCAGGCCUUUCUACAGUGAGCGCUUGACUUGUACUGUAACAGCUUCCAGAGUCGUCAUACGGUUCAAGCAAGUCAUUACCCUCGCCCUCACACAGGGCAAAGGGAGUAGCAGUCUGGAGCAAGGCACAA